AUGUCGUCCCGUACUCAUUAUUUCCAAACACAACACCAAACGCCAGGUCAAGCGCCAUCACCAACUCAGCCGCUGCCUCAUCAACACCUACGCCCUCUCCGACAGUCGCGCACCCUCGACUUUGCUUCCAAUAUCUCACCAUCUCUCGUCAACCGCUUCCCAUCGACAACAUCAUCAUCAGCUUCAUCAGGCUAUUCCCACGCCUCAGACCACAGCCUCAACAGCCAAUAUACGUCUGCCUCUAGUUCAGCUGGCUACGGUGCUACAGUGCAUGGCCACAAGCGAGCCCAGAGCGAUGUCAGAGCAAGGGCGAAGACCUUCGAGACUGGGGAAAACAUGACCUCAAAUAAAGGCCCAGAUAGUCUCUACAGCUCGGCUCGACACUCUCUCCGACCGCUCCCACAAGCUCCCGCUGCGACACGUCCCGAGACACCACCGCAUGCACUACCUCGCCAUGAUCGCGGUAAGAGCGUCGACAUUGGCAGGUUGUCGAUAGCACACCUGGACGGUUACUCCUCGCCGACAAGGACCUCACCGACCAAAGCCUCACCAACAAAGAACUCGCCAAGGAACUCGCCAAACACCUCACCUACGAAAACUGCAUCACCUUCUCGCCCACUGCCGAUGCGCCCAAAUUCCAUGCUUCUUGCUCGAUCCGACUCAUUUCUCCCCCAAGAAGCCGCACUGGCUCCUCCAUCACCUCUCCAUCUGCAUAGUACGCAUAUCGCGCGAGAUGAGCUAGAAGGACUGGGCAAGUCCUCUACAAGCCAACUAAGAACACUCUCGCGUCUUGUAUCAUCUGAUUCUCCGGAAGACUUUGCUAUCACUUCGCCGGCCCAAGAAGUUGUUGGCUUGCGUGGUCGGCGCAGGCUACAACGAGCCGAUAAGAGCAAUGGCGGCCAAAGCCAAAAGGCCACUGGCUAUAGCUGGGAAGGCCGCAAUUGGAUGGACAAGCAGCGCCAAUUCCUCCAAGCCUACGAGUACCUUUGUCAUAUCGGUGAAGCCAAGGAAUGGAUAGAGGACGUUAUCCACAAAUCUAUACCACCUAUUGUUCAGCUCGAGGAAGCACUUCGAGAUGGUGUUACUCUCGCAGAAGUAGUCGAAGCUCUUAACCCCGAUAGACGCUACCGAAUCUUCCAGCAUCCCAAACUCCAAUAUCGGCACUCCGACAAUAUUGCUAUCUUCUUUCGUUACCUCGAUGAAGUGGAACUGCCCGACUUGUUCCGCUUUGAGCUGAUCGAUCUGUACGAGAAAAAGAACAUUCCCAAAGUCAUCUACUGUAUUCAUGCUCUGAGUUGGCUUCUAUUCCGCAAGGGAAUAGUCGACUUCAGAAUAGGCAACCUCGUUGGCCAGCUUGAAUUCGAGCACCACGAACUCGAAGCCAUGCAAAAGGGUCUCGAUAAGCUCGGCGUGACUAUGCCUAGUUUCGGCAACAUGAGCGCCGACUUUGGUGUUCCCGAACCCGAGCCAGAGCCCGAGGAGACCGAGGAGGAAAGGAUAGAGCGCGAGCUCAGAGAGAACGAGGAGUCUAUCGUCGACAUGCAAGCUCAAAUCCGAGGUGCUCUACUUCGUGUUCAACUUGGCGACACUAUGCAGAGGCUUUGGGACGAGGAGGAGUGGUUGAUUGAUCUGCAAUGCCGAAUUCGGGGUGACUUCACUCGACAAAUCAUGGACUAUCGACUACAGAUGAAGACCUUUGCUGUCAAACUGCAGAGCUCAGCACGAGGAUUCUUGGUCCGAAGAAGAGUUAACCGACGCGAACAGAUCUUGGAAGCGCUCGAGCCUGAUAUUUUGGAGUUGCAAACCAUGAUUAGGGCCAACAAGGCUCGAAAUGAGGUACGAAACCUGACUUCUCAGCUUGCGAAAUGUAGAGGACCCGUCCGGGAGAUCCAGGCAAUCUCCAGGGGCUUUUUGGCCCGCAAGAGCCACGUCGCGCAGUACCAAGAGACGAAGGAGUCGUCUGGUAUUGUCGAGAAACUGCAAGCAGCAGUUCGUGGAGCAAUGCUGCGAGGCAAAUUUGAGCAGGACCUCGAAGACUUGGAAUCGCAAACCCCUGCCAUUGUUGACUUGCAAGCAGCAGCGAGGGCAUUGCUGACUAGAGAUCAGGUCAACCGCGAGCAGCAGCACCUACGAUCGUUUGGUCCUCAAUGGAAGAAGCUCCAGGCUUUUGCCCGUGGAUUCCGCGCUCGUCAGGACGACAUGGCUCUACGAUCCGAACUCAGCAAGCAUACUCCUGAUAUUGAGCAGCUCCAGGCUCUUGCACGAGGACUUCGUGUUCGCCAAAACGACCAGGCACUGAGGUCAGAACUCAGUGAACACGCUCCGGCUGUAGAGCGGCUUCAGGCUUUCGCGCGCGGACUUCGCGCUCGUCAAGAUGACAAGGCACUAAGAUCCGAACUUGAUAAGCAUACUACUGAUGUUGAACAACUUCAGGCCUUUGUUCGUGCAGCAGCCGUGAGGAGAGAUGUGGCCAAAACUCUUGACGCUCUUAAGGAGAACGAACCUGCAGUUGUUGACCUGCAGGCCCUUAUCAGGGCUAUGCUUGAACGUCAAAGAGUCGCUAUCAUCCUAGAGCAGCUCGAGGAACAAGAGGCCCAGGUCACCGACCUUCAAGGCAAUGCCCGAGGUUUCUUGUACCGCCAACAGCACCAAGCGUUCCUCGAGGAGCUCGAUUCUCACACUCCACAAAUCGUGGAGCUCCAAAGUAUCCUUCGGGCCAUGAUGGAGCGUGCUAGAGUCGAGGAUAUCAUUGCAGAAUUGGAGCAAGAGGAGGAGUCAGUUGUGGCCGUCCAAACCGCGGCCAGAGGUUUCAUGGUCAGGGCUCGCUUCGAGGAGAAGAAGCGCUUCUACAACGAGAAUAUGCAAAAGGUCAUCAAGAUCCAGAGCUUUGUCCGUGCCAAGGUUCAAGGAGAGGCUUACAAGAGCUUGACCACUGGCAAGAACCCUCCUGUUAGCGCUGUCAAGAACUUUGUCCAUCUUCUCAAUGACAGCGACUUUGACUUCAACGAAGAAAUCGAGUUUGAGCGCAUCCGCAAGACUGUAGUCCAGCAGGUACGACAGAACGAGAUGCUUGAGAACUACAUUGAUCAACUCGAUAUCAAGAUCGCACUUCUGGUCAAGAACAAAAUCACACUCGACGAAGUCGUGAGACAUCAACACAACUACGGAGGUAACUCGAUGCAUUUCAUCGCCAACAGCUCCAUGUCGUCAGCCAACCAGUUUGAUCUCAAGGCACUCAACAAGAGUUCGCGCAAGAAGCUCGAAUCUUACCAGCAACUAUUCUUCAACUUGCAAACUCAGCCACAAUACCUUGCCCGACUCUUCAAACGCAUCCGCGAGCAAGGAACUGCCGAGAAGGAGUGCAAACGCAUUGAGCUGUUGAUGAUGAGCCUCUUCGGUUACGCUCAGAAGCGCCGCGAGGAGUACUAUCUCCUCAAGUUGAUCGCUCGAUCCAUUCGUGAGGAGAUUUCCGGUGCACGAGAUGUUCAAGACUUUAUCCGGGGCAAUUUCUUCUGGUCCAAGCUUCUCAGCAACUACACUCGCUCGCCCCGAGAUCGUAAGUACCUUCGAGAUGUCCUGGGCCCUAUGAUCCGAGACAACAUCGUCGAAGACCCUGCUUUGGAUCUCGAGAGUGACCCUAUGCAAAUAUACCGAUCAGCUAUCAACAACACCGAACUGGCCACAGGUCGGCCCGAUCAGAGGCCUCUAGAUGUCCCUCGAGAAGUCGCUAUCCGCGAUCCUGAGACCCGCCGCCUAUUCAUCGACCACUUGCGUGACCUGCGAGAGAUCUGUGAUCAGUUCUUCCUUGCCCUCGAGGAUUGGCUCCACAAGAUGCCCUAUGGUCUUCGAUUUGUCUGCUCCCAGAUCUUCGAAGGUCUAAGACAACAAUUCAAGCGAGAACCUCCAGAGAACCUGCUCCAGGUAGUCGCCAACUGGCUUUGGCGAUUCUAUUUGCAACCAGCAGUUAUUGCUCCCGAGAACGUUGGUGUGAUUGAGAAGACCCUGAGCCCUCUACAAAAACGAAACCUCAGCGAGGUCGCCAAGGUCAUCAGCCAGAUUGCAUCUGGUCGACCUUUUGGUGGCGAGAACGUUUACUUGCAGCCCUUGAACGCCUUUGUUGCCGAGUCCGUUGAGCGCCUUCUUCAGAUCACCAGUGAUCUGAUUGCCGUCCCAGAUGCUGAGAGGACAUUUGAUAUCGACGAGUUCAACGACCUUUACGCCAAGAACAAGCCAACUCUGUACAUCAAGAUGACAGAUGUCUUCUCAAUCCACAACUUGGUGGCUGCCGAGCUUCAGACCAUGUGCCCCAGCCGGGAAGACAUCCUACGUGAAAUCAUGCACGAUCUGGGUAGUGCCAAGAACAACGAGAACGAGAUGAACGCCGCAGGCUCUUCGGAUAUUCACAUGUUCUUGACGCCUAAGCUCCACGAUGUUGACGACCCUGAGGCUGACGUCAAGUCGCUCUUCAUGGAGACAAAGCGAUGCGUGCUGUAUAUUAUUCGUGUGCAGACUGGCGCCAACCUCCUGGAAAUUCUCGUCAAGCCUAUCAGUCCUGAAGAUGACCACAAGUGGCGCACGCUUCUUCGUGAUGAGUUCUCAGUAGGAAGCAACACUCGUGGUGCUUAUUCCGACUCCAACAUGAUUGAUGUGACACGCAUGUCGUAUCAAGAACUCAAGCGCACAGCUCUAGAGAAUAUCAUGCGACUCGAGAAGCUUGGCCGUAUCACCAAACACAACUACUACCAGGAUGUCCUCAACGCCAUUGCUCUUGAUAUCCGUACCAAGAGCCGCAGAAGGGUCCAGCGACAGCGCGAGUUGGAGGGUGUCCGUAUGACAUUGAGCAACUUGCACGACAAGGCCAAGUAUCUCGAGCAGCAGCGCAAGAGCUACGACGAUUACAUCGAGUCAGCGAUGUCCACUCUGCAGAACAAGAAGGGUCGCAAGCGAUUCUUGCUCCCUUUCACCAAGCAAUACAACCACCAACGUGAAUUGGAGCGCAGCGGCCGUGUACCCAAAUUCGGCAGCUUCAAGUACAGUUGCCGCGCUCUCUCAGAGAAGGGUGUGCUGGUGUCGUGGAGUGGUAUCACCGAUUUUGAGAAGGUCAACUUGACCCUCUCAUGUGACGAGGUGGGUGUCUUCAGCCUUGAAGGCUCGCGAGGACACAUCCAGAUCCCUGGAGCCAGUGCUUUGAUACCCAUUGAGGACCUCCUGCAAGCUCAGUUCGAGGCACACCAGUUUAUGACCCUGUUCGAGGGCAAUCUUAAGCUCAACGUUAAUCUGCUGCUGCAUCUCCUUUACAAGAAGUUCUACCGAACUCAAUAA